CAGAUGUUCUUGUGCCCUAUCCGAAGCGGCACACCGGUCAUCGAUCCGCGAUCCCACCGACUGUGAGCGUGAACUAUCCCUCGUCAUCGAUCGGUUAAAGGUGCGUUGAUAUGCAACGAUCGUAGGUGAAAGUGCUGCACACAGGGGAUAGCCAAAGCCAACGGUCAACCGAACACUUCAACGCUGCAAACGGAAGAAAACCCUCCGCAAAGAAUAGAAUCAGAAAAGUGAAAGUGAAAUGAACAAGGCCAAUCUGUACCAGCAGGCGAAUGGCGUGCAGCGGCGAGAUGCGAUGGAGAUUUUGAAAGAAUACGCACCACUCAUCGGCUGUCGACGGGGUGGCGACCACGACGACAACGACCACGACGUUGCGCUAUUGGAUAUUGGCUGCGGCAGUGGAGACGUGCUGGUAGAUUUUAUUCUACCGCUGUUGGGUCGAGGAGGAGCGAUGCCGGAGGGAAGAGUUAUGGGGACGGACAUCUCGGAGCAGAUGGUACGGUAUGCACGCGAGUCUUACCGUCAUCUGAAGGCGGUCGAGUUCGACACACUCGACAUUGGUGCAAAGUUGGAUGCAGCGAAUCUAGCCCGGUGGGGUCAGUUUAGCCACGUCACGUCGUUCUAUUGCCUGCACUGGGUGCAGAAUCAGCACACUGCGUUCUCCAACAUCUAUCAUCUGCUGAAGGUUGGUGGCGAUUGUCUGCUGGUGUUUCUAGCCAACAAUCCCAUCUUCGACAUAUACAACCAACUGUCUCGUUCGCCCAAAUGGUCCAAGUACAUGUAUGACGUGGAGAAGUACAUCUCACCGUACCAGUAUUGUGAAAAUCCAGCUAGUGAGAUCGAAGAUCUACUGUGCACGGUGGGCUUCCAGCACUAUCAGAUUCAAGUUCGCGACAAGCUGUACGUCUACGAGGGAUUGGACAAUCUGAAAAGAGCUGUUAUGGCCGUCAAUCCUUUCAGCGAACGGAUGCCUUCGGAGCUGCAGGAUAAGUUUCUGCAGGAAUACAUUGCGGUGGUACGAGAGAUGUACUUGACGAAAACUUGUGGCGACGAAAACGAUGCUAACCUACAGUUCAUUUCGCCGUACAAACUGGUGAUCGUGUAUGCGAAGAAAUAGGUUACGUAGAGUCAUAUAAGCUAACGUGUUAAUAAACACUGAUAAUGAAUCUGGAUCAACAACUCAGGAAUCUUAGCAAUGCAACACUUCUAUGAAACGUUACCUUUUGGUGAUCAGUUUUGCAGCUCGUUUUGGACUAACUAGCUUAAGUUAGCAGGAAUCUAUCAACUAUCUGGUGUAAAGGUGUACAUGAAUAAAAUGAUGAAUAAAUAAACUGAAUAAGCAUUUGAGCUUUUAAACAAUA